AAAAUUUCUUGUGAGUGUGGCAAGUUGUAAUUUAAUUUAAUUUGGACGAAACACGCAAGCAAGGAAUUUUUGGAACCAACGAAUCAGAAGCAAACUUAGACAACAAUCAAAUUCUUAAUCUCUAAAAUUACUGCCAUUUUUUUUUAUGAAGCUUGAAUUCAAUGCUCCCACACCAUCACCAACUUCACAUACCAACUACCGUUUGCUUCCACGCCUCAAACUGCUUACUUGAUAUUCUCCACCUUCAUAAUCACAAAAGGAUUGGAUUUUUCAUGGGGGGACAGCAGAAGAAGGAUAGCCAAACUCAAAGAAGAGAAAAGGAAAUUAUGGGUUUCACAAUUUCUCUCAAGCCUUCGCCUUCGGGGUUUGACCUCAUGCAGAACUGUGAUCUUCCUCCACCUUCCAAGUUUUUCACGGGUCUUCCAGAUAAGAGUGUGAUAUUUUCCAUGAAUAGGGUAUAUGACAUUGCAGGCAAAGGAGAAGAGGAUGAUAGGAAAGACUGUGGUGCUUACAGGAUGGAAAAUGGCGGUGAUGAAAGGAAUAAAAUGGAGAUUCUGAAGGCGUUGCAAGCAUCUCAGACAAGGGCCAGGGAGGCAGAAAAGAAGGCUGCAGUUCUGAAAAAAGAGAGGGAGUGUCUUAAAAUUGUUCUGUUGGGGGAGUCCAUGCACUUGUUUGCAUAUCGCCAACAGGUGAGAUUGCUUGAGCUUCAACUUCUGCACCUGCAAAAAUCCCUUUGGCUGCGUCAACAGCCAGAGGGAGAUGAAGGGACAUCCAUGGGAAAUGGACACGGAGAAGAAACUGGUAGUGUUGCAUGGCUUCUGGCUUUGGUUCUUUCCUUUGGAAUUGGAGUCACCACCGCCCUUUCUUGCAGAUACUAUUUGUAAUUAGACCCUCUGCUGCAAAUGGGAAUUGCAUAUACAAUUUUUGCUUUAUAAUUACUUACACACAAAUAACACUUUGUAACCAAUCAAUUAUAUCAUAUCGUCCUCUUCGAGAUGUAAUCAAUUCUCUUUUCGCUCAUUUAAUAGAUUCAAUACAAUUGCAGCCUCAUUGA